UGUGCGACGACAUUACGUACAGUGGAAGUACUGGUGGAGGCUGCGCGCUGUGUUUCCUUCUUCUUGAAUGCUGCUCGUUUCUGAAAGUAUCCCACGUCAGGUGCCAUCAUGGCUAAGCAGCCGUUGGGGAAGACGUUGCUGAGGAAUGUAAUCCGCCACACAGAUGCCCACAAUAAGAUCCAGGAAGAGAUGGAUAUGUGGAAAAUGCGAGACUGGGAGAUCCAAAUGUCCCACCACAAACAUUUGUCAGAUGCAGAGUGUGUGAGAGGACGUAUGCACUGCGACCGGGUGUCAGACCAACCUAAAGACUUCAGCCGAAGCAGAGAGCGGGUCUCAGAACACGAUGACAGAGAGGCUCGAUACUGGACUCGCAAACUGUAUGACUUCGAGGCCAAUGAUCCUGACAGAUGGGGACACAGCGGCUUCAAGGAACUUUAUCCUGAAGAGUUCGAAAGUGAUGGUGAGGGAAGCGGUGCCACAAAGAAGAUUGGUCGUCACAAGAUUAAAAAGUCCAAGUCUGACACAGAAGCAUGCUUAUCAAAACGAUCCAAAAAAUCCUCCCGAAAGAAGAAAAAGAAAAAGAAGAAAAAAGGUGAGGAAGAAAAGCGUAAGAAAGCGGAGUCCUCGAGCAGCGACUGCAGCACCGAUGACAGCGGCGCCACCAAAGACAAGCAGAGGAGAAAAAGGACUAAAAGUCGACACAAGAACAAGAAAAGCACGAAAAGCAGAGCGAGAGAUGAGGACAGCGGCUCGGGGGACAGUAAUGACGAGGUUAAAAGGGAGAGGCGGACUCGCAAAAAGCGAAAGCAGGACUCCCACAAAGACUCAGACUCUGGGCCGAACUCGAAAAAGAAGAGGAGGAAAGACUGGAAAGCAGCAGGAGAGGAGAGCUCAGAUGUUAGUUCUGCCGACUGAGAUGUAUGGACGCGAACAGGCGAGCAGCUCAGGUAACGGCCAGGAAAACCACUGCAGAUUCCUUUGUUCGCCUUAACUGCACAGAGGGCUUUUCACUGCAGGGCUCUUCUGUAUUGUACUUUGUUCGACAUCAACAAACCUGUGCUGUCGGUCCUCUCCGUGGGCGCUCUGCGUAGCAAUAACUCAUCACCUCUGCAGUGGCUUGAAGCACACAGUACCGCAGGCAGCAUGAAGAGGGAUGGUGGGGUAUCCUCCACCCGCCUCAUCAGAAAUUCUGUGGGCUGCAGGAUCAUUGAUUGAUCACCGACUCUUCCCUCAGACGGCCUGCCUCGUGUGGAAACCUAUCCUGAAAUGACCAGUGUUUUUAUUAUCUAAUUUAAGAACAACAGAAUUAUGCAACUCUCCUCAUCUGUUAUGACAUGUGGUGAAUUUGCUUUUAAUAUUUGUACGCAGCAUUUAUAUUCAUGUUUUCUUAUAAAUAUUUUUGUUAUUUAAAAUGGUGGAACAUGCAUUUUUAAAGGAUGAUAUCCAAUAUUUUUGUAGUUGUCAACAAAUCCCAUUAAAUGGCAGAUUAAAAUGAAGUAUUGACUGUG